GUGGGCCAGAUUUAUGCAAUAACAAAAUCUGCAAAUUCCCCCUCAUAAGCGUCGAAAGCAGAAAAAUGUGAAAAAAACAGUGGAAUUUCUCAAUGUUGAAACGAAGAAACGCGAAGCACGGGCUAAAGAAAAUCGAAAUAAUAAAAAACACGCACACCAAUGCCUGGCCGUGCGUGUUUGACAGUGAGAUUCUGUGUGACUGUGUGUGUGUAUGAGAGUGAAACGUAUAAAUAAAAUUCAGCCAAAUGCAGAAACCAACAACAAAAUGGAUAACAAAACUACACAGUUGGAUUUUAAAUUACUGGUGGAUCAGUCACUAAAUCUACUGGACAGCCUCAAUACGGCAUUGCGGGGCGAUGCUAUUCAGUUCUUGCUGCAGACGCUUAAGUGCAAGUACCCGGAUGCCUGCGACCAAGUCGUCAGGAAUCUGUUCAGCCACAUAACCAACAGCAAUGGCGGAGGAGCAGGUGGAGUGGGACAGCAGGAGCUGGCGAGGACCAAGCAACUCCAGCUGCUGCUGACAGCCAAAAAGGAGAAGAAGGAGGAGGGCGAGGCGGAGAUCAAGCGCGAGAAGGCCGAGGAAGAGGCGGGCUCGACUGAUCUGAACCAGAACUUUGAAAAGAUCCUCUGUAAGGAGGAGUUCCUGUGCCUCGAGGAGGAGGAGGAGGACUUCCUCGACGAUGUAGAUACCCAGAACUCGUCUUCCCUGCAGUUCCAUACCGGCAACAAUGUCGAUGGCUGGGCCGUGGGUCCCGGUGAUCCCCUGGACCUGAUCCAGACCGGCGGGUCCUCGCUGCUGGUUAAGCGAAAGUAUACGGCCACCUUCGAGGAUGAGGAUCACAUGGGCGCGGAGGAGGCGAGCAACACCAGCAGCAGCAGCGACGGCAAGCUGGUGAAACGGAAGCGCACCAACAACAUGCACCUGACCAUAGCCAGUGUGCGGCGGAAAGAGGAGCGCUCCACGCUGGGCGACGGGUACGUCUUCCACGAGGACAGCCAGUACACAAUGCACUACCAUCACAGCACUGGCGAGUUUAGCGAGCGGGCCUUCAAGGCCCAGUUCCGGGCUCAGCUCCGGCUGGCGCUCAGCCUGCACCAUAAGCCCUUCCUCAGGCAGUUCUACGAGAACUUUGUGGUCACCGGCCGGCUCCUGGGCACCACGCCGUCGGCCAGGGUGCUAAAGGAGCUACGGGAGCAGCGUCUGGAGGAAUGGCGCCGGCACAGAGAACGACGCCAGCUGAUAAGCCUGAUGAAGCAGAGCGAGCUGGAGCAGCAAAGGCUGGAGGAAAUUACGCUGCAGCAGCAGGAGCAGCAGGAAGAGAUUCAGCGGCUGGAGCAGCAGAAGCAGCAGGAGGAAAUUCAGCAGGACCACCAGCUGCCGGCCAUCUCCUUUGGGGACUCGGAGCUCGAAUCGGAGACGGAGUCGCAGCUCUCGUCCGCCGCCCAAGAGAUUAUGAAGUUCGAAGAGUUUAUUGACGAGGGUGUAGGCGCAGGACGUCUUAUCGAUGGUCUGGAGAUGGAGCCCGAGAUAGAUGACAUGCUGGGUGGCGCUGGUAGUGCCCUAGGCAGUGUAAACAGUGCUAGCGGCCAUAGCAGCAACAGUAGCAGCAGCGGGAGUGGGAGUGGAAACGGGAAUGGAGUGGGCGGGGUGGUCCUGGAAAACAAUAGUCAUCACUCGAAUCACCUAAACGCCAGCAGCAGCAGCGCAAACCUUGUGAUCAACGGCCUUACGUCAAGCAAUAGCAUCAGCAUCAACAACAACAAUAAUAGCAGCAACAGCAACAACAACGGCAGUGUCCAUUGUCCGCAGCUGGCGGUGCAGUCGCAGGAGCCAGUAGCGGUGUCCAUGAAGCCAUCGCACCACUUGCCAAUGACCAUGCCCGUGGAGAGUAGGGACCGGAAGGAGGGCCAGAUGCUAGCGGGCGGCAUGGCCGGCCUCUCCGGCGAGAUGCAAAUGCACCAGCAGCCGAACCGCUACAACUCAAGCAGUAAUCCGCUCUCCAUGAUGGGCGGAAUGAUGCAGCAGCAGCACAAUGCACACGUGGGCAUUCAGCACCAGCCACAUCAGCAGCAGCAUCCGCAGCAGCAGAUGAUGCCGGGGCAGUUUCCACAGCUUGGUGGUUCUAUGAUGGGCAACCGGCAAAUGCCGGCACUGGCCGCCUUAUCGAAUUUGGGAGACAAUGUUCCUGUCGGCGGGCAGUUGAACUCCUCCCUGGAGCUGGAUGACAAUGACCUGUCGCCGGACGAGGACGACGAUGAACUGGACCACGACCUCGACGAACUGGACGCGGCGAAGCAGCAACUGAUCGACGGCGGCAGCAGUAGUAGUACCUCGUUGCAGGCACCGCCCUCGCAUCUCGGCGGCGUGGGCCAGACGUCCGGGAGUAAGAAGGACAAGCCCAGCUACAAUUGCCUGUUGUGCCCCAAGUCCUACCGAAAGCGCAAGUCUCUGCUGGACCACUACAAGAUGCAUCCUGGCUACUGUCACGAUUGCGGGCAACCCAACGGAAAUACUCUGGAGGAAAUCAUUCAUCACAACCGGACUAUGCAUGUGAAGGAGUUUCCGUUCGUUUGCGAGACUUGUGGAGAGUCCUACUCUCGCAAGCAGCAGUUCCACGCUCACGUUGAGUCGCACAACAAGAAGGAAAUCAAAACAUUUCCGUGCGGCGAAUGCGGGCAGAAGUUCCCGCAGAAGAAGCUGCAGCAGCACUUCGAAGAGACGGGCCAUAAGGCCGACGGGGCCAUUUGUGAGGUGUGCGGCGAGGAGUUCCAAUCCAAGAACGCCCUGUAUCAGCACAUCAUCCGUGUACAUAAGCGGGACAAUUUCUUCGAGUGCCACAUUUGCCAUAACCGUUUCACUCUGAAGGCCAACCUGGAGCGGCACGUCCAGCUGCACACCGAGAUCAAGCGACCCUAUGUCUGCGACCUGUGCGGCUCAUCCUACUUCACCUACCCUGCGCUCAAGGAGCACUACAGCAACGCCCACGUCGACGUGUCCGAAUGCAAGUGUACGCUGUGCGGAAAGCGAUUCGGAUCGGCCAAGUCGCUCCAGAGACACCUACCGUCGCAUUCGGAGGAGCGGCCGCACUGUUGCAACUACUGCGAUCAAACCUUCAAGUGGAAAACUCACCUGGUGCGACACAAACAAACGAUGCAUGGAAACGAGCCGGCGCCGCCUAAAAAAGGAAAGCAGCGCUUCCCUAAGGCUAACGAAGAAGAAAUGGCUUCCCUACAAGACAUGCCCGGUCCCCCGCCUGUGAAGGCCAGCAAGAAGUCGGUGGCCAAUAAGGCCAAAGCGCAAGCAGCCGCCGUUGCCUCCGCCACUUCCCAGCAGCAACAGCAGCAACUGAAAGGCGCAGCAGCGACGCCAACACCACCGCCACCGGUGUCGACGACGCCAGGAUGCAUGCAGCAGGAUCAGUUCAAUGCAGCCAUGGUUAGCAGCAACAGUUCCCAGUCGUCGACGGCGUCCACGUCACAGCACUCAGUGUCAACGAGUGAAUCUCAGCAGAAUUCCAUGUACAGUCAGAGCUUUAAUGCGGAGAAACUGCAGGCCGGGCCACAGCAGCAACAACAGCCACCCAAUCCGCUGCACCAGCAACAUCCGACGCCGCCGCCGACACAACAACAACAACAACAGCAGCAGCAACAGCCGAGGGUUGGCUCCGCAGAAUUGCAUUUGCAGCGCAUGAAUAGCUUUACUCAGGAAGGGCAGUUCCACUUCGAGGCUGGCCCUGCUGGUGGCUACCAGCAACAUCAACUGAUCAGCCAGUAUCAGCAACAGCCGCCUCAGCAACAGCAACAACAACAACAGCAGCAGCAACAACAGCAACAGCAACAUCACCUGGCUCAACAGCAACAUAUGAGGAGUCACACUCCGCAGAGCCCGCAUCCACCAAGGCAGCAGCCACCACAGCAGCAGCAGCAGCCACAUCCCCAGCAGCAUCAACAGCAACAACCACAGCAGCCGCAACCCCAACAACACCAUCAUGGAAGGCAUAAUAACAUAAACCAUGGCAACUAUGCCAAUGCCAACUUUAAUAUGAAUGAAAAUAUGGCUUACAACGCCUGGGGCAACAUGAACUUUAAUAAUCCACCAAACAACCAGCAGGUUGAGAUUAAGGAUAACAAGUUCUUCAUUGUGGACUCGUCCGAGUUCCUUGGGCUUCCAAUGAAUGUGCCGCCGGCGCAGCAGCAGCAGCAACAAGUCGUGAACAAACCCCAGCAACAACAGCAACCUCAACAACAGCAACAAGAACAAGCCCUCGGCGGUGACCUGAUGAGCUUCCAGCACAUGUGGCCAGCGCCUGGCUUCAGCCAGUCACCCCAGCAACAGCAGCAGCCGCAGCAGCAGCAACAGGCGGCUCAGGCACAGCAGCAGCAGCAGCAACCGCAACCGGGUCAAGCCAACCCGAGCGAUCCUCACAACUAUAACAAUAUCGGCAGCAUACUCACGAAUCUCAUUGACACAAAUCCUGCGCCAAUGGAGUACAACUUUGAUCUGAUGCAGCAACAGCAGCAGCCGGCCCCCCAGCAGCAGCAACAACAGCAGCAGGCGGUUCAGCAGCAACAUCAUGGCGCAGGCGGCUAUGCGAACAGCCUGAUGCGCACUGGCUACGGAGGCGGCUAUGAACAGCAUCUAAGCGACCAGCUGGUCAGCGAGCAGCAGAAGCAGAACAGCUUCCAGGCCUACCAUCCGCACAGUCUGCAGGCCCAGCAGCAGCAGCCUAUGCACCCGCAUCCUCACCUCCUGCCUCCGCCAACGCCGCACGGCAACGUCUACGAUCGGACAGGGGUUGGUGUUGGGGUCGGCGUGGGAGUGGGAGUGGGCUACUCCAUGCUGGGCGAUGAGUCCAAGGGCGUGCUACCGCCAAUGAUGGGCAUGAUGCAGCAAAUGCCGCCGCACGGCCAGCAACCAGACUUGAUCUACUACCCAGUGAAGAACGAUUGACAGUCGAGGCACCAGAAUCACCACCACCACCAUCAGCAGCAGCAGCUGAGCCACCAUCACCACCAACGCUGGUGGACAGAGCCAGCCAAGAGAGGCGAUGUUUUUCAUUAGACGGAGAACGGAAAACAGGAAAAGUUCGGUUUAGUUUUUAUAAGUUUAGUGGGGGGGGGGGGGAAGGCAAAAUUGUAGAUAAGGCGAAAGAUAUGUUUUUUGAAAUUAAGAGCAAUACCAUAAAGAUUAGAGCAGAAAGUGCUCAGAAUUUCUAAUCCGACCGGCGCUAUGAUUCGUGUAUAAAAUGUAAUCGUUUACGAGAUGUGUACAUCAGAGAUAAACGGAACGUAUGUAUACAUAAUUAAAUCCAGACAUAUACAUAGUAGCACCUAAGUAACGGAGAAGCAAAAUCUAAUUAAAACCUAUAAAUAAUGAAUAUAUCUCUAUAUAUAUAUAUAAAUUAUAUGAAACAUAUAAAUUAGUCUGUAAGAAAGAACUAACAAUAAUGGCAGAACCACAAGCAACUUUCGAACAAAUUUUAUGCUUAUUUAACCUUAACCGUAUUAUGAUAUGUCAGAACCGGACCCCAGAUUUAAGAUGGGGGUCUGGUCCACACAUCACAGACGGAUUAAUCAAAUGGAACAAAGAAUAGGAAAGCAAAGGACGCUUGUUGCCUUUGGGCGAGCCAAGCGACACACAAAGUUGUAACCAUAUCAUGAGGCCCCUUCCCGUAUAAUUAAAUGUGUUUUUCGAUAGUGCUUGUUAUUUUCUAUUUAGUUAAUGAAUUGAUUAUACUUAUAUAAAGCCUUUUUGCUGACCAACAGCCAGCCACACUUUUGUUAGAUUAGUGCCUAAGUCUAGUUGAUAUCCCAAUGUAUACCCCCGAGAGACCCCCGAAAUUUUGUGGCUUUUUACACCCAAACCUUGUAUAGCUACUCAAUAGCAUUUCCGAUUUUACAGCUCCCCGCGAUUCUAUUCGAUUCUACGUAUGUAUACAUAUAUUAAAUUUAUUAAUUUUUUUGAUGAAUUUCCUUAAAUUCGAGUAAUACCCCACAAUAUUUAAGUUAAUCAAAGCGUUGUUCUUGUUUUACAUUUAUUCAAAUUCAGCAACAUAAGAAUUGUAUAUUUAAGUGAAAGUUUAAAACGUUAAAUGUGUAAGGAUACUUUUAUGAACAAAAAAACACAAAAGCAAAAACAACAAAAAAAAAAAAACAAAAAACAAAACAAACUUCACUAAAAUUAGGUUUGUAUUCUGGAUACAACAAAAAAAAAAAAGCAAAUGGCAAUUAAAAAGAA